AAACCUUCGAAUGUGAAAAAGAAAAAUGGGAGCUUGCAACUGCAAGCCCUGCUGGAAGAGGAAGAAAAAGGAAUAUUCCGGGGGCUCCAUAUUGGACAGGGUUAUUAGCCAGAGCUCUAACCAGGACCAGUGUUUAUUGUACAGAUUGGCCAAUUAUAAAAAAGGAGGCGAACUUAUAGACGCAUACAACGUGGGCGGUCAGCCGGAGUGCGAAAAACUCAUCAAGGAACAGUUCGGACAACUUAUGUACCACGAAGGCAAAGCUCAAAUUAUCAACAGAUCGGAGUAUUUGAGGUGGAAGUUUAGGGACCACGAACAGGUUAUAUUACCGAUCGAAGCAUCGUUAAGCAGAUACGAUCCGUUGGGCAAGUGGACCGAUCACGAAGCGUGCUGGCAGAUGCAGUACAGAGGAUCCCUCGGUGAAAGUCUGCUUCACGUUCUCAUCAUAUGCGACACCAAGAUACACACCAGAUUGGCCAGAACCCUGAUCAAGUGUUUCCCUAAACUAGCGCUAGAUGUCGUCGAAGGUGAAGAGUAUUUGGGUGCCAGUGCUCUGCAUCUGGCUAUAGCUUACAACAACAACGAACUGGUGCAAGACUUGGUCGAGGCGGGUGCCAACGUGAAUCAAAGGGCGAUAGGCAGUUUCUUCCUGCCGAGGGAUCAGCAGAAAAUGAAGCCCGCAAAACAUACCGACUACGAAGGUCUGGCGUACCUGGGGGAAUACCCGCUGGCUUGGGCCGCGUGCUGCGCAAAUGAAAGCGUUUACAACUUGUUGUUGGACAACGGCGCGCAUCCCGAUUUGCAAGAUAACUUCGGCAACAUGAUUUUGCAUAUGGUCGUGGUGUGUGACAAGCUGGAUAUGUUCGGCUACGCCCUGAGGCAUCCAAAAUUGCCGGCUAGCAACGGUAUAGUGAACAGAGCUGGACUAACUCCUCUAACUCUGGCGUGUAAAUUAGGUCGAGCGGAAGUUUUCCGGGAAAUGCUGGAACUCUCGGCCAAAGAAUUUUGGAGGUACAGUAACAUAACUUGCUCGGCGUACACUCUAAACGCGUUGGACACUUUAUUACCGGACGGACGUACCAAUUGGAAUUCGGCGUUGUUCAUAAUCCUGAAUGGCACGAAAGAGGAGCAUCUGGACAUGCUUGACGGAGGCAUCAUACAGAGACUGCUCGAAGAAAAGUGGAAGGCGUUCGCGCGGAACCAGUUCCUCAAACGCCUGGGGAUUUUGUCGAUACACUUGUUAUGUCUGUCUUUGGCAGUUUACUUGAGGCCUGACGACCCCGACGAGCCGCUCCUGGAGUGGUCCGACGAUCCAACUGUGAUUUGCAGAUACGCCGCCGAAUCUGGAACCUUACUGGGCGUGCUGAGCUAUUUAAUCGUCCAACAAGGUGACGAAAUCAGAAACCAAGGCUUUUGGACGUUUUUGAAACAACAAUCAAACUCACCGCCCAAGUUGAUAUUUCUAUUGUCGAAUCUCAUGAUACUCGCUUGCAUCCCUUGCCGGCUUUCCGGCGACAGAAAUACAGAAGAAACAAUUCUUUUGUUUGCCGUACCCGGAUCUUGGUUCCUUUUGAUGUUUUUCGCUGGUGCAGUACGCCUAACCGGUCCGUUCGUCACCAUGAUCUACAGCAUGAUCACGGGGGACAUGCUCACCUUCGGCAUCAUUUACACCAUAUUCCUGUUCGGUUUUUCCCAGUCGUUUUUCUUCUUAUACAAGGGCUACCCGGGCGUAAACGGAACCAUGUACCACAGCUACUCGUCCACUUGGAUGGCACUCUUUCAGAUCACUUUGGGAAAUUAUGACUACUCUGAACUAGCGAAAACGACCUAUCCGGGGGCCGCAAAGUCCGUGUUUGGGUUGUUUAUGGUAUUCGUGCCCAUUUUGCUUCUCAACAUGUUAAUCGCGAUGAUGGGCAACACUUACGCCCACGUGACGGAACAAAGCGAGAAAGAGUGGGUAAAACAGUGGGCGAAAAUUGUCAUAUCGCUCGAGAGAGCGAUACCGCAGCAGGACGCUCACAACUACCUGCAAGAGUACAGCAUUUCCUUGGGCCCGGCAGAAGACCACACCACCGAACAGAGAGGCGUCAUGGUCAUCAAAUCCAAGAGCAAAACCAAAGCAAAGCAGAGAAAGGGGGCGGUAGCCAAUUGGAAGAGGGUGGGAAAAGUGACCAUUACCGCUUUGAAAAAGAAGGGCAUGACCGGCGAAGAGAUGAGAUGCAUGAUGUGGGGUCGGGAGUCGAUAAAUACCCCGAUUAAAAUCAAAGGACCUGCCAAAGAUCCGUUAUCGAAUCCCCAAGGGCCGGACUUGGCGGUCGGUUUUGGGGACGCCCUGACAGCUGCUCUAGACGUAAUGGCGUUUACUCACGAGCUGGAUAUAAACGCGCAGGGGUUAAAUUUGGCGAAAAAUCCCGCGGCGCCUACUGUUACCCAAACUAAACCAAAUAAUCACGUCUUAUCAGACGCUGUUGUUGUAAACAAUCAAAUUAACACGGCUUUGAACGUUCAGAACGCGUCAGAAAUCUCAAUGCUGGGCACUUUAAAUCAACUAACCGCGUCUCAGGGGAUUAAAGAUACCCAGAAUGAGAAAACCAGCUUCCCAAAACUAAACGCGGAACCCAUACCGAGCUUGAUUGUUACGUCAUCAGAUCCGCUGCGAGAGCUCGUUUUGCACUCGAACGACACGAACGCCAAGCCCGAAGUACUGAGGGCGUACGCCCUGGCCGCUGCCAACUUACCGCAGAGCAACGACGAAAUACCAUGCCAGACGAAGGCCACUCAGAGCGUGAAAAGCCUGGCGGGAAUAUUUGCUGGCACGGAAAAUUUCGUCAGAAAGGUGGAGGAGAACAUUAAGAAGAAAUAUUCGACGUUAAUACCCAGCGAUAAUGAAGACGUCACAGACGUUUUGCUGGGGAAAAUAUCGAGGAUGAAACGGGCGAAAUCGGCUCAACUACGAAACAGUUCGGCUAAAUCGGGAGCGUGGGAAAAACGGAGAUUGAUCGUGUCUUCUGAGUCGAGCUCGAUGGAAAGUCCGCAGGCGGAAAGGAAGGAAAAUCCGAACGACGACAACGACAAGUUGGACUACGCCGACGAAAGGAUGAAGUCAGUCAAAGAGCAGUUAAAGUCCGAUUCCGCCCACGUGAGGCCUAUAAACAUCGAUAUGGCUUUGAGCAAUGACCAACAAAUUUUGUCUGUGACCGUAUCGGACACGAUGAAAAUUCAAGGUCAAGGAGAAGGAGCGCCGACGCAGUCGUCAAAUCCGAAACGCCGCAAAGAGAAAAACAAAAAGAGAUCGAAAACGGCAAGGAAGAAUAGAGUUGCCCCGAGUCAUCAGAACCGGCCUUGCCGCUCGGCGAUGGAGGACCAAGCGGAUGAAAUACCAAGCUCGCCAGACCCCCUAGAACCGUGGAGCACAAAAAACAUCUCGAACAUGAACAAGAUUUUAGCUUGGGAACGGGAGGAGAGUCUCUGAAGACCAAGUUCAAAAAAUCAUAAAAACGUAAUCGUUUAUUGUUGACCCAAAGUAUUUUUGUUUCAGAUCGAAUGAAAU